ACUUUUCUUUCUUUAUAUAUUACAAGUUCACAAAAAUUAGAGGUAAUCUCCAAAAUUUGGGUCUUGUGGGGAAGAAAAAGGAAGAAGAGAGGCACACAAAUAACACAAUUGCUUCUCUUUCUUCCACUUACAUACAUUCCCCACAAAAAAGUUCCCAAACACACACACACACUGAAAAUCAAAUUUUUUUCAAGAAAUAAAUCUUGAAAAUCUGUUGAGAAAAGGGUGGAUUGAUCAAUUUCUGAGUUUUUUCUUGUAGUUUCAACAAAAGGGUACCUUAAAAAUCGAAUCUUUUUGCCAUUUUUGAUAAAAUCAAGAAUCAAAAAAAAAUGUUGUCUGGACAAUUAGAAAAGAAGGGUUUUUUCAUAGCUACACUUAUAACAUUUUGGUAUUCCUCAAAUAUUGGAGUUCUUCUUUUAAACAAAUUAUUGCUGUCAAAUUAUGGAUUUAGAUUCCCAAUUUUUCUUACAAUGUGUCAUAUGACAGCUUGUGCUGUUCUUAGCUAUGUUUCUAUUGUUUUCUUAAAGAUUGCACCUUUUCAGAGGAUUAAAUCAAGGUCUCAAUUUUUAAGAAUUUCUACCCUUAGUGUUGUCUUUUGUGGUUCUGUUGUUGGUGGAAACAUUUCUUUAAGGUACUUGCCUGUGUCGUUUAAUCAGGCUGUGGGUGCAACAACACCCUUUUUUACUGCAUUGUUUGCUUAUUUGAUGACAAGGAAGCAAGAAGCUUGGGCUACUUAUGGUUGCCUUGUUCCUGUUGUUACUGGGGUUGUUAUCGCAAGUGGGGGUGAGCCAAGCUUCCACCUUUAUGGAUUUAUCAUGUGUAUUGGUGCAACUGCUGCUAGAGCCUUCAAGUCUGUUCUUCAAGGAGUUCUUCUUUCUUCUGAAGGGGAGAAGCUGAACUCCAUGAAUCUCCUGCUCUACAUGUCACCAAUUGCUGUCGUAGUGUUAUUGCCUGCUGCACUCGUUAUGGAGCCCAAUGUUAUCGAUGUCACUGCAACACUCGCGACUGAACACAGAUACCUUGGCCUGCUUAUUGUGGUUAAUUCCGCAAUGGCCUAUGGUGCCAAUUUAUUGAACUUUUUGGUGACUAAGCAUACCAGUGCAUUGACACUCCAGGUCCUAGGCAAUGCAAAAGGUGCAGUUGCUGUUGUUAUCUCCAUACUUAUUUUCCAAAAUCCAGUAACAUUCAUCGGAAUCGCGGGCUACACAAUGACUGUGAUGGGAGUUGUUGCUUAUGGAGAAUCCAAAAGAAGGCACAAAUAAGUUUUGACAUCAAUCGAAACCCCUUUUUUCUUGUUUUCAUAAAGUACCAGACACUUGUGUUUCUUCAAAAGGUGUUAGCUGUGUUGUGGUAGAGUUAGGAAGAAAUAGAUUCCAUUGCAAUUCUGUAGCCCAUAGACAGAUGAAAUGGUUAAAAGGGGUUGAUUUCUUUUACCAUUCUUCUGUUGUGUUCUUUCUAUUAAGAGGGGAUCUUUACAUUUGUAACUAUUUUUUUUGUGUGUUGUUACAAUAAAGUCAAAUAAUGUCUUCUUCCUUCAAA